CGGCGCCUGCGCAGAAGACUCUCGACGCUGUGAGGCAGGAGGCACUUGGGAUCGUCCGCAGGAUUGGGACUGCUACAGAGGCCGCCACGGAGCCCGCCGGAGCUACCGUUCCUACUGCUGCUGCCGCCGCUGCCCGAGUCGGAACCGUCGGGCCGCAGCCGCCGGCAAUGCCGCGAAGGAAGAGGAAUGCAGGCAGUAGUUCAGAUGGAACCGAAGAUUCCGAUUUUUCUACAGAUCUCGAGCACACAGACAGUUCAGAGAGUGAUGGCACCUCCCGACGAUCUGCUAGAGUUACCCGCUCCUCAGCCAGGCUGAGCCAGAGUUCUCAAGAUUCCAGCCCUGUUCGAAAUUUGCAGUCUUUUGGCACUGAAGAACCUGCUUAUUCUACCAGAAGAGUGACCCGCAGUCAGCAGCAGCCUACCCCAGUGACUCCAAAAAAAUACCCUCUACGGCAGACUCGUUCCUCUGGCUCGGAAACCGAGCAAGUGGUUGAUUUUUCAGAUAGAGAAACUAAAAAUACAGCUGAUCACGAUGAGUCUCCACCUCGAACUCCAACUGGAAAUGCACCUUCUUCUGAGUCUGAUAUAGACAUCUCCAGUCCCAAUGUGUCUCAUGAUGAGAGCAUUGCCAAGGACAUGUCCCUGAAGGACUCAGGCAGCGAUCUCUCUCAUCGCCCAAAACGCCGUCGCUUCCAUGAAAGCUACAAUUUCAAUAUGAAGUGUCCAACACCAGGCUGUAACUCUUUAGGACACCUCACAGGAAAACAUGAGAGACAUUUCUCCAUCUCAGGAUGCCCGCUGUAUCAUAACCUCUCUGCCGAUGAAUGCAAGGUGAGAGCACAGAGCCGGGAUAAGCAGAUAGAAGAAAGGAUGCUGUCCCACAGGCAAGAUGACAACAACAGGCAUGCAACCAGGCACCAGGUACCGACAGAGAGACAGCUACGAUAUAAGGAAAAGGUGGCUGAACUCAGGAAGAAAAGAAAUUCUGGGCUGAGCAAAGAACAGAAAGAGAAAUAUAUGGAACACAGACAGACGUAUGGGAACACUCGGGAACCUCUCUUGGAAAACCUGACUAGCGAGUAUGACUUGGAUCUUUUCCGAAGAGCACAAGCCCGGGCUUCAGAGGAUUUGGAGAAAUUAAGGCUACAAGGCCAAAUCACAGAGGGAAGCAACAUGAUUAAAACAAUUGCCUUUGGCCGUUAUGAGCUUGACACUUGGUACCAUUCUCCCUAUCCUGAAGAAUAUGCACGGCUGGGACGUCUCUACAUGUGUGAAUUCUGUCUAAAAUAUAUGAAGAGCCAAACGAUUCUCCGCCGACACAUGGCUAAGUGUGUGUGGAAACACCCACCGGGUGAUGAGAUUUAUCGCAAAGGUUCAAUCUCUGUGUUUGAAGUAGAUGGCAAGAAGAACAAGAUCUACUGCCAAAACCUGUGCCUCUUGGCCAAGCUUUUUCUGGACCACAAGACUUUAUAUUAUGAUGUGGAACCCUUCCUGUUCUAUGUUAUGACAGAGGCGGACAACACUGGCUGUCAUCUGAUUGGAUAUUUUUCCAAGGAAAAGAAUUCAUUCCUCAACUACAAUGUGUCCUGUAUCCUUACCAUGCCUCAGUACAUGAGACAAGGCUAUGGCAAGAUGCUCAUUGAUUUCAGUUAUUUGCUUUCCAAAGUGGAAGAAAAAGUUGGCUCUCCAGAACGUCCACUCUCAGAUCUGGGGCUCAUAAGUUACCGCAGUUACUGGAAAGAAGUCCUUCUCCGUUACCUGCAUAAUUUUCAAGGCAAAGAGAUUUCUAUCAAAGAAAUUAGCCAGGAGACAGCUGUGAAUCCUGUGGACAUUGUCAGUACUCUGCAAGCCCUUCAAAUGCUCAAGUAUUGGAAAGGAAAGCACCUAGUUUUAAAGAGACAGGACCUGAUUGAUGAGUGGAUAGCCAAAGAGGCCAAAAGGUCCAACUCCAAUAAAACCAUGGAUCCAAGCUGUUUAAAAUGGACCCCUCCCAAGGGCACUUAAAGUGACCUGUCACUCUGAGCCAGCGAACCCCAGCAGUAGGAAUCCGUACCCUAGGGAUCUGUCUGUCAUUUCUGUUGCUCUUGUGAUUGGCAAGUACAGUAUCCUUUGGGAAGGCCAUCCCCCUCAGGACUGUCCUGGCUCUGACCUUCAUGUACACUGCAGACGCUGGUUCUGAGGAACUGUUGUUUCGGCCUCAGUGAGGUUGCCUGGAUGGGAUCUGUGUUAGAUUUGUACGGAUCUCUCAUAGCACUGACCCAAGGAGUUCUGUUAUGGUACUGUACCUGUCCAGUCACUGGUUCUCUCCUCCUGUUCUCUAGCCCCAAGAGGUCGUGUUGUGUCUUCUAAACUGUUUAUAAUAGUGCUUCUUGCCACCCGGUACCAGACUUCCAAACAUGGUUGCCACCACCAGGGCCUUUCUAAUUACUCCUUACACAUGUAUUUUGUGGAGGGGCAGGGAAGAGGUAGCACUUCUGAAUGUCUCUAUACUGGAAGGGGUCCAUUCACUUUGUAUUUCAUCUGAUUUUACAUUUUUUUUCCUCCAAUUUCAUUGAAUGACCUAUUUUUGAUCCGUUACCAGGCUGGCCAGAGCCAUAUACUUUUGAAGAGUUUCCCAGGGAUUAUGCUGAAUGAGAUGGAGAGAAUUAAGAGGUGGUGAUUCUGUAUUUUGAAUCUACCUGUGUCAUGGGCAGUGUCUUGGUGGAAGGGAAUCCUGGUAGUAAAUAUUUUCUUCUCUCUUUACUCCCUGCCCUUUUUUGCAUUUCCAGAUGCCAAGAUAAUUUCCAGUUCUCCUUUUUAUGUCACAUGUUAGCUGGUUAAUUAUAUUGUAAAAUCCUUUUCAUCUGAACCAAUCUGAUAAAGUUCACCUAUACUUCCACAUAAGUUGCACUGUCCAAACGUCCUCAGAGAAGUAGAAAAUGAUUGGAAAUCACUUCCAUAUCUCAGCCCAUGAUUCAGCAAGGCAGAAUGGCUACCCCUGCCAAAGUUUGCUUCUCUUUUCAACAGUGCCUCGCCCUAGGACUAAAAAGUACUUCUGCCCCUCCAAGAACUCCACUUCCUUUUUGGGAUUUGCCACCAACCCCCUAGUUGCUGGUCUCCUAUUUUUGGUGUUCAAGUGAAAGAAGAGAUGUUCCCUCUAAUUUCUCUCUGGCCCGUUAUAACCUGCUAUCUUGGGGCAGCUUUUGAUGUAUGACGUGUCACCCUUCCCAACUUGGUCUCCUACAACACUGCUGUCUUCUUGUGGAGCCCUCACCACAAUCCCAGACUCUGGUCAUUUGUGCCUUUCUCUUGUCAUCUCUGUACACUACUUAUAUUCACUGUGGGUUUGGGGGUUUGAUUUUAAGCAUGUUCAGUGGCAGCCCCCCUCCAGUUUCAGUGUCACUGUUAAAUUUAUCCAAAAGCAACUUCAGUAGGGGUUUUCUUGAGGGGUAAAGGCUUUUACAGAAGCUGAACCGUUCCCCACAUGUGGUAGAAUGUGCUCUUCUAUAUCUACUUUUCAAUAAAGCAUGUUCUCUGCUCAA